AUGGUGCUUUCUUGUCGUUUUUAUGCUGAGAAAUAUCCGGAGGUAGAGGAUACCGUCAUGGUAACGGUGAGGUCGAUUGCAGAAAUGGGCGCCUAUGUCAGCCUUUUGGAGUACAACGAUAUCGAGGGAAUGAUACUUCUCAGCGAACUCUCCAGGCGGCGUAUUCGUUCCGUUAACAAGUUGAUCCGAGUAGGCCGCAACGAAUGCUACAUUGAUUUGUCGAAGCGAAGAGUAUACACGAAAGAUCUGAUCGAAUGCGAAGAACGAUUUUCCAAAGCGAAAGCGGUGAACAGCAUCCUUCGUCACGUCGCUGAUCAACUUGGCUACGACUCUGAUCGUCAGCUGGAAGAUUUAUACGAAAGAACUGCAUGGUACUUCGAUAAAAAAUUCAACAAGAAAGCUGCAUCCUACGACCAGUUCAAGAAAGCAGUCUCGGACCCUACUUGCCUUAGUGAAUGUGAUAUCGAUGAUCAGACCAGAGAGAUUUUGAUUACGGACAUACGGAAGCGUUUAACGCCUCAAGCGGUGAAAAUAAGGGCCGAUAUCGAAGUCAGCUGCUUUACGUACGAAGGAAUUGAUGCUGUAAAAACUGCGCUUAUUGAAGGGCUGAAAUGCUCUUCGGAAGAGGAGGGAAAAAGCUCUAUCAAGAUAAACCUCAUUUCACCCCCGUUGUACGUAGUAACCACAACUACGCUGGAGAGAGCCGAAGGACUAGCAGCCGUUAACGCCACGUUAGAACGGAUAAAAGAUACGAUUGAAAGUGCGGGUGGAACAUUUAAAGUCAUAUUGGCACCGAAGGUUGUAACAGAUUUGGACGAAGAUGAGAUUCGUCGAAAAAUGGAGUUAUUGGAACUGGAAACAGCAGAAGUUCCCGGUGAUGAAGAGGACAACGUUGAAGGCAUGACUGCUCCUGCAGAUUUGGAUAAACAAGUCGAUUUGGAACAGAAUCUCCAAAAGGAACAGCAUAGCGAGGAGUCAGAGGAAGGGAAGGAAGAUUAA